AAUCAGUUCGUUAUACUUACUCAACAUGUUCGACUGUGCGACCUAUUUCUUGUUCGUGUUUGUUUCCUACGGUUCUUACAACGUUUUUGCUGAAAACGAUAUUCUUCAGCAUCCCAUAAUUUCGUCGUACGAUCGACUUAAAGAACUUGGUGAAAUGUGCCUUGUCGACAUAUUACCAAUCCUUGAGAACAUUGCAGAGCAGCAAAAGGAGGGGAACACUGCUAAUUCCCGAAUUUUCGACGAAACGCAGGGAAUUCUAGACAGGAUAGAAGGACACCAAGAAGUCAAUGAUAAGCAAUUGAAAGAGUUAAAGGUUAAAAUGGAAGGCCAUUUCAUGGACCUGCAUGCGAAGAUGGAUCUAAAGGUCAAAAAAUUAUCUUUAGAAAAAUCCUUACGGAAGGCACUGAAUGCUCUCCAGUGUUCACUGGAUACCAGAAAUGUUUCGUCUAAGGUAUCACUCCAUCCAGGAUUUGAGAAAGUGGGUUCAAGGUUCUUUUACAUCGAGAGGCACGUUAAGCUGAAUUGGUUUGAGGCAACGAGAAAAUGUCGCGCGAUGGGCGGUCACUUGGCGUCGCCACAAAACGAGGACGAACUGCACCUUAUCAGUCAGAAACUUGGUACCGAGUCGUAUUGGCUCGAUUUAUCCGAUCUAACCGAUCACGGCCAAUACAUUUCGUUGGUUUCCGGGAGCAAAGCACCAUUUUUGAAAUGGAACAAAGGCCAGCCAAACAGGGAUAAUGCGCAAUGCGUUUGUGUAAAAGGCGGACUAUAUCAGACUUUUCAAUGUGACGACCGAGUGUUGUUCAUUUGCCAAGCCAACCAGAAUCCAAAAAAGGAAGAUGAAAUAAAAAACAAUCAGGAGGAGAUACGAAAAAUAGAAAUGGAAAAGGAAAGGGAAGAGGAGAAAAAAAGAAAGGUAGAGGAAGAAGAAGAAAAAAGAAGAGAACAGGAAAGAAAAAAAGAAGAGGAAAGAAGAAAAACAGAGGAAAAAAGAAAGGAAGAGGAAAGAAGAAAAGAAGAGGAAAGAGAAAGAGAAAGAGAAAGAGAAGAGGAAAAAAGAAGAGAAGAGGAAAGGAAAAAAGAAGUGGAAAGAAAAAGAGAAGAGGAAAGAAGAAAAGAGAAAAGAAGAAGAGAAGAGGAAGAGGAAGAGGAAAGAAGAAAGGAAGAGGAAAGAAGAAAGGAAGAGGAAAAAAGAAAGGAAGAGGAAAGAAGAAGAGAAGAGAAAAGAAGAAGAGAAGAGCAGAGAAGAGAAGAGAAGAGGAAGAGGAAAGAAGAAAGGAAGAGAAAAGAAGAAGAGAAGAGCAAAGAAGAAGAGAAGAGAAGAGAAGAGGAGAGAAGAGAAGAGGAGAGGAAAGAAGAGGAAAGAAGAAAAGAGAAAAGAAGAAGAGAAGAGAAAAGAAGAAGAGAAGAGGAAAGAAGAAGAGAAGAGGAACGAAGAGAAGAGGAAAGAAGAGAAGAGGAGGAAAAAAGAAAAGAAGAGGAAAGAAGGAAAGAAGAGGAAAGAAGGAAGGAGGCAAAAAGAAAGGAAGAGGAAAGAAGAAGAGAAGAGGAAAGAAGACGAGAAGAGGAAAGAAGAAGAGAUGAGGAAAGAAAAAGAGAAGAGAAAAGAAAAAGAGAAGAGGAAAGAAAAAGAGAAGAGGAAAGAAGGGAACAAGAAAGAAGAAGAGAAGAGGAAAGAAGAAGGGAAGAGGAAAGAAGAAAGGAACAAGAAAGAAGAAGAGAAGAGGAAAGAAGAAGAGAAGAAGAAAGAAGAAAGGAAGAGGAAAAAAGAAGAGCAGAGGAAAAAAGAAGAGAAGAGGAAAAAAGAAGAGAAGAGGAAAAAAGAAAGGAAGAGGAAAGAAGAGAAGAGGAACGAAGAAGAGAAGAGGAAAGAAGAAGAGAAGAGGCAAAAAGAAAAAAAGAGGAAAAAAGAAAGGAAGAGGAGAGAAAAAAAGAAGAGGAGAGAAAAAGAGAAGAGGAAAAAAGAAAGGAAGAGGAAAGGAAAAAGGAAGAGGAGAGAAAAAAAGAAGAGGAGAGAAAAAAAGAAGAGGAGAGAAAAAAAGAAGAGGAAAAAAGAAAGGAAGAGGAAAGAAAAGAAGAGGAAAAAAAAGAAGAGGAAAGAAAAAAGAAGGAGGCAAAGGAAAAGAAUGUGCAGGAAAAGUGUUGGGUUACUAAAAAAGGCACAAAUAAGUGCAAGACAUGUUCGACAGACAAGAAUGGUAAGAAAAAGUGUGAAGUAUGUUGGGUACGUAAAGACGGGGAGAAAAAAUGUACAAAAUCAAAGAAAAAGAAAAAGCCAAGUUAUGACGAUAAUUCUUCUUAUAAUUACAAAAGUUAUGGAACAGAACUUAAAUGGAGUUUGGGGUGGUAUUAUUUGUAUUGGUGGUAUGAAUAAGGACAUCCUUCAACCAGUUUAUUAUUAUUAAUAUAUAAACGGCCAAGGUAGAACAUGACAAUUUCUAUCAUUUCUUUAUGGGGUUUCGAAUAAUUUUAUAAGUAUAAAAUGUGCAAUGCGAAAUGUUUCACUUAUAAAUUAAAGAAAAAUACGUAAUUUCGUAUACGUAAUGAAAAACUCAA